AUGGCGUCUCCCACCAAGCACACACAUGCCUCCUCGAUAAGCACAGUCAUGAGCAACAAUUUCGGGGACUCACAGGAAAAACUCCGAUCAAGAAACACACCGCAGCCCUCUACAGGGUUGCGCCUCCCUUCCACCAAGAAGACAAUUUAUGACCGAAAUCUCAACCGGACCCGCAACUCGGAGCUCAGCAAAGCAAGCUUCGCCUACCUUUUUUCAGAGAUGGUCGUAUACGCUCAGCGGCGCGUCACAGGUAUACAGGACCUGGAGAGGCGCCUCAACGAGCAAGGUUACCCACUAGGUCUCCGUCUUCUUGAUCUCCUUCUCUACCGCUCCCUCUCCGGCUCCUCAUCCGGCGGUCUCACAUCCUCUUCCUCAUCAUCAGGUACCCAACCUAUCCGACCCCUUCGCAUCCUCCCUCUCCUGCACCUAAUACACGGCCCCCUCUGGCGACUUCUAUUCUCCCGUCCAGCGGAUGCUUUGGAACAUUCCGUCUCCCCAGCCACCCCAAAUGAAUACAUGAUCACAGACAAUGACCCCCUCGUCAACACCUACAUAUCAGUGCCGCGUGAGAUGAACAUGCUGAAUUGUGCGGCGUAUGUAGCCGGGAUUAUUGAAGGGGUCUGCGAUGGAUGUGGAUUUGAGGCGAAAGUAUCAGCUCAUAACCAGGGGAGUGAGAUGUGGCCAAGCCGGACAGUGUUUUUGGUACGGUUUGGAGAGAGUGUUAUGGAGAGGGAGAAGAUGUUGGAGAGGGCGGGGGUGAAGUAA